UACUUCACAUCUCUGUAGAUGCGCAGUGAAUUUUACACACUUCAGCCGGCUGGUCUGAAGAAAAAAAUCCUUGGCAGUUCUAAAAAACAACAACAUCUCAGCCCUUACAGCAAAACCGAAAUACAGCGAAAAUUGUUACAAUUAACCAUAAUAGAGGUUUAAGGCAGGGAGUUGCCGUCAGCGAUAUUUUGCUUUCUGUGCGCAACAAAGCAUACGAGUCAGAAGGACUUGUUGCAUCCUCGGGUUUUCAUUUGGCCCUUUGAUAACUGGUGGAGGAAUAUCAUCUGGUUGUCAUCAGGCAUGGUGUUGGCACAGCGACUGGGACGCAUCACUGGGACGCAUCACUGUCAUCAACACCGCCUCCCGGUAACUACGCCAACACAACAGUGUGCUCAGGGCCUGGGCUUGGACGAGCGCACUGCCACCAUGGACCAUAGCAGCUGGAGCGGAAGCGAGAGCCCUGCAGACGACAUGGAGAGGAUGAGCGACGAGGCCGACAAGGGCAUGGACGGGGACCCCGAGGGGGUGUGGAGCCCCGACAUCGAACAGAGCUUCCAGGAGGCGCUGGCCAUCUACCCCCCCUGUGGGCGCAGGAAAAUCAUCCUCUCAGACGAGGGAAAGAUGUAUGGUCGCAAUGAAUUGAUAGCAAGAUACAUCAAACUAAGAACGGGAAAGACAAGGACAAGAAAGCAGGUCUCCAGUCACAUUCAGGUUCUUGCCAGACGGAAAUCUCGGGAGUUUCACACCAAGCUAAAGGACCAGAGUGUGAAAGACAAGGCACUGCAGAGUAUGGCCUCCAUGUCCUCGGCUCAGAUCGUCUCUGCCACUGCCAUCCACAACAAGCUGGGCCUCCCAAGACCCACCUUCCCUGGGGCGACAGGAUUUUGGCAGGGUAUGAUAUCCACUGGCCAGCCUGGAUCAUCACAAGACAUUAAGCCAUUUUCCCAGCAGGCCUACCCCAGCCAGACAGCUGUAACGACCACCAUCUCAGCGUACGAGCCCCCCACGGCUACAGCCCCGGCCUGGCAGGGACGCUCCAUCGGGACCACCAUACUCAGACUGGUGGAGUUCUCUGCCUUCCUGGAGCAGCAGAGAGACCCUGACACUUACAACAAACACCUGUUUGUGAGCAUUGGACAGACCAACUACUCGUACAGCGAUGCCUUACUGGAGGCUGUGGACAUCCGUCAGAUCUACGACAAGUUCCCAGAGAAGAAGGGAGGACUGAAGGAGCUCUUUGGAAAGGGCCCUCACAACUCCUUCUUCCUGGUCAAGUUCUGGGCUGACCUGAACUGUAACAUCCAGGAUGACUCUAGGGCCUUCUACGGUGUGAGCAGCCAGUAUGAGAGCUCUGAGAACAUGACCAUCACAUGCUCUACCAAGGUGUGCUCCUUCGGCAAGCAGGUGGUCGAGAAGGUUGAGACGGAAUAUGCCUGCUUCGAGAAUGGACGCUUUGUCUACAGGAUAAGCCGCUCCCCAAUGUGUGAAUACAUGAUCAACUUCAUCCACAAACUCAAACACCUGCCUGAGAAGUACAUGAUGAACAGUGUCCUAGAGAACUUCACUAUCCUAUUGGUGGUGACUAACAGAGAAACACAGGAGACGAUGCUGUGCAUGGCAUGUGUAUUUGAGGUGUCGAACAGCGACCAUGGAGCUCAACAUCACAUCUACCGGCUAGUCAAGGAAUAAGAGUCUGAUUCAGUAGAAACGUGCUGGGACAAACAAUCACCGAUCUACCUGAAGGACAGCUUCUGAAGAAUGGAGGGAAGACAUUGAAGGAUGAAUUCUUAGUAAUUGACAGAGAUAAAUCGCUGUUGUGAUUGGUUGGUUGUGAGAGUGACACGAGGCAACCGCCCAGUGAAACACACCUUCAGAAAGACAACCUUAUGGAAAGUGGCUGUGCCUCUACACAAAUCCCACCCACAAUGUCCUUGGGUUACAUUGGGGUGAAGUUUCUAAUGGAUAAUAUCAUUAUAUUUGUAUUUCGUAUGUAUGUUUGUAUGAGUGCAGCUGUCAAUUUGUGGUACAGUUGUGUGGUGUCAUUUUUCCAGACUUGGUCAUAUCUAUGGUGUACAUAUGAAGGGGCAUUGUGUAACAUAAUAGGAAGAUGUACUGUGGAUUACAUUUGGAGGCUCUGUUUUCUGCAUUUUAUACUGUAGUCAUCACAAUUAUGAACCAAUACAGAUCUAAGCCUUUCUUAAUUGGAUAAAUAUAAAACAUUAUACAGUUACUACAUGCAGUGCCUUCGGAAAGUAUUCAGACCUGUUGACUUUUUCCUCAUUUUGUUACUUUAAUCAAUUUUAGAAUAAGGCUGUAAAGUGUUUAUUCUCAUCAAUCUACACACAAUAGACCAUAAUGACAAAGCAAAAACAGGUUUUUAGAAAUUGUUGCUAAUUUCUAAAAAUAUUUUCAGGUCUCCAGAGAUUUUCGAUCAGGUUCAAGUCCGUGCUCUGGCUGGGUCACUCAAGGACAUUCAGAGACUUGUCCCGAAGCCACUUCUGUGUUGUCUUGGCUGUGUGCUUAGGGUCGUUGUCCUGUUGGAAGCUGAACCUUCACCCCAGUCUGAGGUCCUGAACACUCUGGAGCUGGUUUUCAUCAAGGAUCUCUCUAUACUUUGCUCCGUUCAUCUUUCCCUCGAACCUGACUAGUCGCCCAGUUCCUGCCGCUGAAAAACAUUCCCACAGCAUGACGCUGCCACCACCAUGCUUCACCGCCAGGUUUCCUCCAGACGUGACGCUUGGCAUUCAGGCCAAAGAGUUCAAUCUUGGUUUCAUCAGUCCAGAUAAUCUUGUUUCUAAUGGUCUGAGGGUCUUUAGGUGCCUUUUGGUACUGUCAUGUGCCUUUUACUGAGGAGUGGCUUCCAUCUGGCCACUCUACCAUAAAGGCCUGAUUGGUGGAAUGAUACAGAGAUGUUUGCCCUUCUGGAAGGUUCUCCCAUCUCUACAGAGUAGCUCUGUUAGAGUGACCAUCGGAGUCUUGGUCACCUCCCUGACCAAGGUCCUUCUCCCCCGAUUGCUCAGUUUGGCUGGGCGGCCAGCUCUAGGAAGAGUCUUGGUGGUUCCAAACGUCUUCCAUUUAAAAAUGAUGGAGGCCACUGUGUUCGUGGACAUCUUCAAUGCUGCAGACAUUUUUUUUAGUACCCUUCCCCAGAUCUGUGCAUUGACACAAUCCUGUCUCAGAGCUCUACGGACAAUACCUUCAACCUCUUGGCUUGGUUUUUGCUCUGUCAUGCACUGUCAACUGUGUGAUCGUAUAUAGACAGGUGUGUACCUUUCCAAAUCAUGUCCAAUCAAUUGAAUUUACCACAGGUGGACUGAAAAAUCAUCAAGGAUAAUCAAUGGAAACAGGAUGCAUCUGAGCUCAAUUUCGAGGCUCAUAGCAAAGGGUCUGAAUACUUUUGUAAAUAAGGUAUUUCUGUUUUUAAUAAAUUUGCAAAAAUGUCAAACCUGUUUUUGCCUAUUCAUUAUCAGGUAUUGUGUGUAGAUGUUGAGGAUCUUUUUUUCAUUUAAUCCAUUUUAGAAUAAGGCUCAAAUGUAACAAAAUCUGGAAAAAGUCAAGGGGUCUGAAUACUUUCCGAAUGAACAUCACUAGCACAUAAAUAUUUUCCAAAGAAAAAAGGUUUUACAUUUUGGAUAACAUAGAAAAUGCUAAACUACUGUAUGAUGAAGACAGGUUACAGUUACAAUUCCAGGGACAUUGAGAGUAUAAAUAAGAUUCAUGUACCACUUUGCAUCAUAUCCCCUGUGCCCAACUAAAGAGAAAAAGCACUGAUGACACUAAAGCAAGACAAUGCAUGGCAGAGACCAGAGAUUCCUCCUAAAUGAUCUUUUCUCUAAGCUGCUACGGUUUUACCACAUAUGACAAUGAAGCAAAGAAUUCACAUAUUGAAAAUGAAAGCACUGUACUACCAUAGUUCCCCAUCCCAAAGCACUUAGUUCCUCUGUAUGGUUAUGUGGGGUAGAGUCAAACUUUACUUCUCAGUGACUGAGGAACACAGUAGUUAAAACACUCCCACACAUUAAUCUUUGGGUGUUCUUGGUUCUGGAUGCUAUUCAGCCUUAUUUUGCCCGUCAAUCUGUGGCCUAAACUAAAGCUGGACUCGUUAUUAAUGGAACUGCCACGUCUGUUUGCAAUAUAACAACAACAAAGAAGGUACUGCAAACAACUAUGCCCCCCCCCACCACCACCACAUCAUUGCACACGCGAGAGAACAGCAGAAUAUGUACUGUAAAGAAAUGUUUCGCAGGAUGUGUGACGUUCCUCACCUCCACUUUGUCAGCAAAACAAAAACAAUAACGUCCGUGGGGUGGACAGUGGCGCUGUUUCCCCUACUGCGGAUUGCAUCUUUAACCUUGGCGGUAGGGAAUGGCAUCCUUACAGAUACUGUAACUACCACGAAAUGUGAGCUCUUUCCUAAGCUGGAGGACAGCCCUGUUAUUCUCAUACAUCCCAGUGUUGCAUGUACAGUGCCUUAGUAACUUUUCCCCAAUGGCAUCUGGUUUGCUUGGAUGGAAAUGCAUAACAUUAGUGAUGUUUCAUGUUGGUCAUUAUAGAUACACAACUGUCAGUUUUACAUGUACACAUUUCACCUUGUUUUACAAAAUAAUGAUGCUAAGUUAUACAUUGAUUAUUACAAUAAACAAGUUUCAUGUGUAAUAGCAGUAAUAACUUUGCCUUGUCUAUCAAAAACCAAAAAUCUGGAGACAUGUCAGGUGUGCAUUUGUCGCCUGCACUAUUAUAAAGUGCCUUUGGUCAUGACUUUACAUCUUAGAAAAGGUUUCAAAGAAGCAAAACCAAAAUGUUAAAGAAAUGGCGGACGAGAUCACCAGAAUGCCUUUAUCAAUAUCUUUCUCUGUAGAACUGUAUUCAUUACCACAACAAUUAGACUAUUUGGGAAAAGAUAGUACCCUUAGAUGCAUGUUCAGUCUUUUCAAUAGUUAUGGGUCAAAAGAUCCCUCUGCGAAGGUUCAUUUGAUAUGACUGUCACAGUAAAUCAACUGUUAUCAUACCAUAUGCACACUAACAUCACAGUCCAUAAAACAUAAUGCAGUAUACUUGUAUGUUAGUCUUGCUGAAGACAAUGGAUCAGGCAGGGUUCAUGUCAUGUUUAGAAGACCUUUGACCUGUGUUCUAAUUUAUUAAUAAUUGGGACUAGAUUAUGGUGUGAGAAACACAGACCACCACUACAGUAGUUUCUGUUUGAAUGUGUUCUAGGUAGGCUAUACUUACAAUGCUUUCGUGAUGACUCCAGUUUAACCAGAGUCAAGCCUGUUUGUUUCACUGUUGCGCUCCCAGUAUGUCAGUCCUGUCAACCAAAAGAUACAUUUUUGGAAAAUAUAGUUAUUUUAAAAUUGAGUCUUUUUUUACACAAACGUCAGCAGUUAAGAUCUGGGUUGUUUGUUAUUUGUCUGUAGGUACUGGUACCUUUUUGUCUAUUUUUUUUUCAAAACAGGCUUUAAUUUUUCUCAAGUUUGGAUGGCAACCUCAGAACAUUGUGUGCAGAGAAUUGUUAAAGGUUAUUUGUAUAAAGACACAAGAAUAUGGAAAAAGACUAUGUGUUUUUACUGUACUGGGUCUGGUCUUUGCUUUGUAAGUUUUUCUUCAUUGCUAAAAUGUUAGAUAUUUUAUAGCUUUCUAGAAAUGUUGUAUGCAUAUUAUAUCAAAUUAAAAUAAAUAUUCAAUUCUG